GGCAGGCAGCUGGUGAUCCGGUGUGGUGUGGUGGUGGCGGAACGGUCACUUUUCUCCCUCCGUCCGCCACCGAACAAAACUAAUUCCACUCCAGAAAAAUCCCCAGCCAAACCAAAUCAAACCCAACCCGGCCUCCUCCCUCCCUAGUCCCCCCCGCCCGCCUGCGCCCCGCUUUCGAAUCCGGAGGAGCUCGCCGGCCGGCCGGCGGAUCGGUCGAUGGCGGCGUUCGGCGGCAACGGGUGCUGCUACUCGUCGGGGUCGGAGGACGAGGAGGAGGAGGAGGAGGGGGCCGAGGGGUACCGGAAGGGCGGCUACCACGCCGCGCGCCCCGGGGACCGCUUCGCCGGCGGCAGGUUCGUCGCGCAGCGGAAGCUCGGCUGGGGCAACUUCUCCACCGUCUGGCUCGCCUACGACACCCUCCUCAGCAGAUUCGUGGCGCUCAAGAUCCAGAAGAGCGCGAGGGACUACGCGCACGCGGCGCUCCACGAGAUCGAGCUGCUGUCCGCGGCGGCCAAGGGCGACCCCACGAGCUCCAAGUGCGUCAUCCAGCUGCUGGACCAUUUCAAGCACGCCGGCCCCAACGGCAAGCACAUUUGCCUGGUCACCGAGUUCCUCGGCGACAGCCUGCUGCGGCUCAUCCGGUACAACCAGAACAAGGGCAUCGGGCUGAGCAGGGUGCGGGAGAUUUGCCGGUCGGUGCUGACCGGCCUCGAUUACAUGCACCGAGAGCUCGGCAUUAUCCACACCGAUUUGAAGCCGGAGAAUGUGCUCCUAGUGUCUACGAUAAACCCGUCCAAGGACCCCGUGCGCUCGAGGCUCGCCCCGAUUCUCAAGAGGCCAGAGGGGAACCAGUACCGCACGCCGUCGAUCAGUUUCAGCGAGAAGAUGCUUAAGACGCGGGCGAGGCGCGCCGUGGCGAAGAUUCUGCAGAGGCGGGUGUCGCUCGGCGGGUUCACGGCAGACAUGGUCAAGGAGAGGAGCCUGGAUGGCAUUAGCAUGAAGUGCAAGAUUGUCGAUUUUGGGAAUGCCUGCUGGGCUGAUCAGCAGGGUGAUGGUGUGAUACAGACAAGGCAAUAUAGGGCACCCGAGGUUAUCAUCGGUUCUGGGUACUCUUAUUCUGCCGAUAUGUGGUCGUUCGCUUGUAUGGCGUUCGAGCUUGCCACCGGUGACAUGCUCUUUGCUCCCAACACUUGCCAAGGUUGCAGUGAAGAUGAGGAUCACCUGGCUCUGAUGAUGGAAACCCUCGGAAAGAUGCCUAAGAAGAUUGCCACCUCGGGCACCCGCUCCAAGGAUUACUUCAACCGGUACGGAGACCUGAAGAGGGUCAAAAGAAUGAGGUUCUGGCCUCUAGAGCGCGUGCUAGUCGAGAGGUACGGCUUCACCGAGCCGGACGCCAAAGGGUUCGCCGACUUCCUCCGCCCGAUCCUCGAUUUUGAUCCGGACAACAGGCCGACCGCCGCCGAGUGCCUGAAGCACGCAUGGCUCAACAACUGAUUCAACCAAACCACCACCAAGUAAUAACUUCAGAAGCAGCCUAACCGACAAUAGCUUCACACAGGAGGCCGGGUGUUAGACAUCAGCUCCGGCAAGCACUGAUUUCGACAUGGCUCGAUGAACCAUCUGUAGCGGUAAUCGAUGAUGCGGUUUUUUUUUUAAUCCUCAUAGCAUCAUCACCGGCAUGAUCGUGUGUUUUUGGUGUAGCGGGUGGGCUAGUGGGUGUGUUGUGGGUGGUGCGGUGCAGAAGCUGAUGUAGUAGUUGUGGUGUUUAUUUAUUCUGCAUGUGAGGUGGUGUAAGAAGAUGUUUGGUGGUGGUGUGAUCUGGCUAUCAGCUUUAUUUUUGCUUUUC